AUUUCUAUUAUGUGGAUGGGCAAACCGGAAGCGCUUCUUGCAGCGACGGCAGCAACAGUCAUGGCUUCCACGGCGGCGACCCGGACAGCGGCUGGUGCUGCUAGGGUGGUGAAACCGCUCUUUAGUCGGGACUUGGACGAGGCUAAGCGCAGGGUUCGGGAGCUGUACCGGGCCUGGUACCGCGAGGUGCCGCACACAGUGGCCAUGUUUCAGCUGGACAUCACAACGCGCCAGGGCCGGGACAAAGUGCGGGAGAUGUUUGACAAAAACAAACACGUCACCGACCCCCGCGUGAUCGACAUGCUGGUCAUUAAGGGUAAAAUGGAGCUGGAGGAGACGAUCCACGUCUGGAAGCAGAAGACCCACGUGAUGCGGUAUUUCCACGAGACCGAGGAGCCUCGAGGCACCGACUUCCUGUCCAAGUUCUACAAAGGCCACGACCCUUGAACUGUGUAGCCAACCUCUGACCCGUCUCUGCUGGUUUCCGUCGUGAAACAUGUUCCCCUUUAUUGUAAAUACACACUUUAACUCUCA